AUGCCACUCGAGAACAUUCAACUUAUUCGCCAUUUUAACCGUUUUAUUCCGGAAGCCAUUCUGUUGUAUUUUCUUGCUUUUCUCUUUUCUUCUCUCUCUCAUUCCACCUUCUCCCCAGCGUGUCUUGGCGCUUUCACGUUAUUUCUCUAUCUCCUUCUCAUACUCUGUCUCUCUCUCAUACUCUCUUACAUACUCACUCUCUCUUAUGCUAUUUCUCUCACUAUCUUUUUUCAACACUAUCAUUUAUUCGUUCAUUCUCUCUUUCUUUGUUUUUCCCAUUUCCCUCUUUAUCUAUCUAUCUAUCUAUCUAUCUAUCUAUCUAUCUAUCUGUCAGUUCAUAUUUAUCACUACUUUUAUACAAUAGCUCUUCACUUAACAGCACUAGUCUACAAACGUGAUUUCAAUCUCAUGAUAUUCAUAUGUAAAUAUGUUCAUUCUCUAUCUAUCUAUCUAUCUAUCUAUCUAUCUAUCUAUCUAUCUCACAAUCUCAAUCUCAUUCUCACUCGCAAAUAUUUUUCCGUGUUUCUCUGUUACUUUGCCCUGGAUCACCCUCACUCUCUAUCACUCACCCAAUCACACUCCCAUUCGCUAACUCUCUAUAACUAA